AUGCGAUUAUGCAAUGUACUGAUGACUGGAGGCAGUGUCAACAUAGAGCAGGAUCAGAAUAACAGAGUAGAAAGAUGGGCGCUAGAGCAGCAGCAGGAGGCGGCGGAGGCGGAGAAGCCGCCCGCGCUGGGAGAGGCGCCACCCGCGGACGGGGCCGCCAAGCGAUCCGCCUUCCAGUUCCUGGAGCAGAAAUACGGCUAUUUCCACUGCAAGGACUGCAAAACCCGCUGGGAGAGCGCCUACGUCUGGUGCAUUUCUGGGAGUAACAAGGUUUACUUCAAGCAGCUCUGUCGGAAAUGCCAGAAGGGCUUCAAUCCUUACAAAGUGGAAGCCAUCCAGUGCCAGACCUGUUCAAAGACUCACUGCUCCUGCCCACAGAAGAAAAGACACAUUGACCUCAAGAGACCCCACCGCCAAGAACUAUGUGGCCGCUGCAAAGGCAAGAGAUUAUCCUGUGACAAUACUUACAGCUUUAAAUACAUUGUCUGAUCCCAUGGCCUGACUCUCUUACCUUGAGCCUUUUUGUAUUUUGCACUCUGCACUUUUGUCAGUUUUUGUACUAUGGCUUUGACUUUAGGCUUUUGACCAGGCAUUGAAUAUUGGAUUAAAGAUUAUUAUUUUUUU